AAAACGUUUGUUUGGAGUAGCCGGGUGAGGAUAAAGGACUGCUGCUGCUUUGCAAACCAAGUCAGGUGCUGCGCAGUAGUGGAAGAAUUAUUUUUAUAAGUCGUAAUUUGAGGCCAUUUGUUUUGAGGACAGCUGCUCUGGUGCCUCUGUGUAGUGGCCCACUCAGUGGAUGUAUUCUGGCCCUCAUUAGGAGGUGAGCCUGGAUACGGUGGAUUUGAAUACGAUAUUUUAAAUUUUUUGGCUGAUUUAGGCCACCGUUUCAGAAAAGGAGUUUCCAAAUUGCCCUCUCCCAUGACUUGUUGAAAAGUAGGCGCUCUGCUUCCCCGUGGUGGUGUAAAGAAGGCUGGGAUGUGCUGGAGACCAAAUGAGCUUUGUGGCAGUUUGCAGUCCUGCAGCCUGUGUAGACAUUUGUGAGGUGGAGAUGUGGAAAUGCAGUGCAGCUGAAUAUUCCACAUAUUAAUUAAGCUUAGAGAGUAGUGGAUAUUCUUGGCAAACUGGAAAAUCCAUGACUGAUUUCCAUUCUGAUCAGUGGACCAGUCAAAAUGGCUGAAGUAACCAAGACAGAAGAACAGCAAGUAGAGAAGAGUUUGGAUGGAGAAGUGGAGAAAACACCUCAUGCUUCAGAGUCAGCUUCAGGUGUCGGGUGUGAAGACAAUAGUUCUGCUUCAGGUACAGAGCAGUCCACUGAAAAUGAAAAAGAAGUUGAUAGUGGUAAUCAGGAGUGCAGAGCAAAAAGGAAGAAUUUAGAUUCUGAAGAUGAACCUUCUAAGAAAGUACAUGUGAUUGGCCAUGGGCAAGCUGUAGCUGCACAUUAUAAUGAACUUCAAGAAGUUGGAUUGGAAAAACGUAGCCAGUCUCGCAUAUUCUACCUCCGAAACUUUAAUAAUUGGACAAAGAGUGUCCUCAUUGGUGAAUUCAUAGACCGGGUACGACAGAAGAAGAAUGAUAUAACUGUUCUGGAUCUAGGAUGUGGGAAAGGUGGAGACUUACUGAAAUGGAAGAAAGGCAGAAUUAAAAAACUCGUCUGUACUGACAUUGCUGACAUUUCUGUGCAACAAUGCAAGCAUCGCUAUGAAGAAAUGAAAUCCCGAUGUCGGUACAAUGAACAUAUUUUUGAUGCAGAAUUCAUACAAGCAGAUAGUACCAAGGAUCUCUUGUCUUCCAAGUACAGUGAUCCAGAUAUGCGCUUUGACAUUUGCAGUUGUCAAUUUGUUUACCAUUAUUCAUUUGAGACGUAUGAGCAGGCUGACAUGAUGCUUAAAAAUGCUUGUGGGAACCUCUCUCCUGGAGGUUAUUUCAUUGGCACAACUCCAAAUAGCUUUGAACUUGUAAAGAGACUUGAAGCUUCAGAAACAAAUUCAUUUGGGAACGAUGUGUACAAUGUAAAAUUUGAAAAGAAGGGAGAGUAUCCCUUAUUUGGCUGCAAGUAUGAUUUUCACUUGGAAGAAGUGGUUGAUGUCCCUGAGUUUUUGGUUUACUUUCCCUUACUGGAAGAAAUGGCAAAGAAGCAUGGCAUGAAAUUAGUCUACAAAAUGACAUUUCGGGAAUUCUAUGAAGAAAAAAUUAAGAAUGAGGAGCAUAAAAUGCUGUUGAGGAGAAUGCAGGCCUUGGAGCCAUAUUCUACACUUGGCGAUUCCAGGCUUGUUUCUGAUAAACCUGAUGAUUAUGAGCAUGCAAAAGAGUUUAUCAAAGAUGGCAAGGCAAAGUUACCAUUGGUAUUUACUUGGUAUUUGCAUUUGAGAAGCAACCAUGAAACUUCACUUACUGGAUGCAGCAAGAAGAGAUCAUAUCCAUGUGCAAGUUGGAAUGAUCAGAAAUCCAUGGUGGCAACUAUUUUUUUAUUUUUUAUUUUUUAAUUAUCAGACGUGUGCAGGACACUACCAAAACCUAGGGGAAGCUCAUGAUUCAGAGUUACAUUGCCUGUCUGUGACAGAUGGACUUCUGUGUGUAUAUAUAAGAAAGAUUCUGAACCAGUCUUUUUAAGCAUUUGUAAGCAAUCUGCAUGCUCUCAAAACCUGUGUUUGAACUCACAUAACUUUGUUAGAAAGAAAUGUUUCGUUUGUAGAAGUACGUUUGUGAUUAUGAGCCUGACCCUGCACUUUCUGAAGUUGAUGGAAGAAUAUUGACUUUGAUAAUGCAGAAUGAGGGCCUAAAUAGUGUUCUGCAGAGCUCAGUUAAGUCAUAAGAUCUAUACAGCAUAGAGGGUAUGUCUACAUUGCAUGCAGAACAAAAAAAAAUACCUGAGUCAGUUUGAGAACCUCUGUGCUGUGCUCAAGCCUGCAUUGUAAAUCUACCUUAGAGGUAUUCAUGGUGUAGUUUACAUGGUAAAAUCCCAUGAUGUUCUUUUUUUUCCUGCUUGCUGAUACGUAGUGUCACUUCAUGGUGCUUUUGAGAUUAAAUAAGUUUGUUCUGUACAAAACUGCUCUGAAAGUACUCAAUUUCUAAUGCUUCAAAUCUCUACUUUGUUUUCCAAAUAUGGCUGUGUGGUUAUCAGUAACAGCUGCUUAAGUUGGAUUACUGAACAUUUUUUUAUUGUAUUAAAGACUCUCCUGACUUUUCAAUAGUUUUAGUGGUUCUUGAAACUUACUAGAUAGAUCUUAGGAUGCCUUUCUUUCUUGUUUAAUAGAAUUCCAAAUGGGCUUGGCAGUAGGAUGAGCUGUUGGUGGUGAUGGGGACCUCAUUGCAGUCAUAUGGCAUUAAAAACAUGGUCAUGUAAUGGAUCAUGAACCAAAAGGGGAGCCUGUGUAAUAUUUGAGGAUACCAGCAGUUCCCUCAGGAAGGGAGGUUGGUGUAUGUGCAUACACAUUCUUGUACCUAUGGGUAACAAUCCCCAAAUUAAAGCCACAUAUUUUGUUUGGGAAUGCAAUUAAAUUAUACCAGUAGGCAGAACUGUGCCUAAGUACCAUCAUAACUGCUUGUUAAUCUCUUAGAGCUGGCAUAGGGAUUUCUGUACAGUGUUUGCUCGACUUUCCAUAUGCUUGUAGCCACCCAUUACUGAGAAGGCCUGAAUACUUCAUGUUUUUCCUCUCCCAUUUUGGGCUAACAGUAGCUGAUGGCUGCUGUUGGCUAAUAGAUUUGACAUAGAGAUGAAAUGAUGAUGGUACGUGAGUAUUUUGAAACGUUAUAGCAAACCUAGAAGAGAACAUUUCUGUUAAAACUUACAUGUUCAAAUUAUAUGAGUUUUUAGUUGUAUUGCUUUCCCCCUGUAAUUGGGUUCUACUCUUUCCUUCACGACUCCUAUUUUUUUUAUUGUCUAGGAGAACACCUGUAAUGUUCACUGAAGCAGUAGAAUAUGUCAGUUCUGCUGCUGAAAUUAAGAUAAAAUGUUCUUGUCUGCUAGAAUUAGUACUCAUGAAACUAGCUAAAAAUGAUGACUCUUUAGAAGUACAGAAAUGUUUCUUUGAAAUUUGUGUGCAUCAAAGCUAGUUUUGUUGGAUUUCUUGUAUCAAAUUUCAUUUGAAAAUACAUUGUUAUGCUAUUUUUGGAAGAAAUAAGAAAAAUAAAAACAGAGGGAAUAUG